CACCAAGUGCCUUCAUGCUUGACUUAGAAAGAUGAAAAGCACUUCCCCUUUUGCAUAUAUGUACCACCAUCUACUCCACUGUCAUGCACAACGUUAAUGCAAGCUAGCAAAAGAAACCAUGCCAAUCACUUAUUAUUAUCUUCUUCUUCUUCUCUUACUCUACUUAUUUACUCUCUAUAUUUCCCUUGAAGCCCAUAGAUCCGAUUCCAAUGUGUUUUGCAAAGAGAUGGAAAGGAAGGCACUUCUUAAAUUCAAAGAACGUCUUACAGAUCCUUCCAAUCGACUUUCUUCCUGGGUCGAUGAAGAUUGUUGCAAAUGGAUGGGGGUAGAAUGCAGCAACCGAACAGGCAGUGUCAUCCACCUCGACCUUAAAAACAAUGAUUGUUACAAAGAAAGCAUAAAUAUUGAAGCAGGCCCUCAUAUUUCUUCGUGUUUGGGCGGUGAGAUAAGUAGUUCUUUGCUUGAUUUAAACCAUUUGGAUUACUUAGACCUGAGCAUGAAUAAUUUCCAAGGAAUCCCAAUCCCAAGCUUCUUGGGCUCACUUGAGAAGUUGACUUACCUUAAUCUCUCUUAUGCGUCUUUUGGCGAAUUGCUUCCUCCUCAUCUUGGAAAUCUUUCAAACUUGGUUUAUCUUGAUCUUUACUCGGAUCCAUAUUCCAUCCAAAAUCCUCAAAGCAGUUGGGUCCAAGAUUUACACUGGCUCUCUGGCUUAUCUUCUUUGGAACACCUUAAUCUCGGAUUUGUAAACCUCAGUUUAGCAAGAACUGAUUGGCUGCAAACUCUCAACAUGCUUUCUUUUCUUUCAGAGUUGCACUUGCCCGGUUGUGACCUUCAAAACUUGCCUGUCUCUCUACCACGUUCGAAUUUCACUUCCCUUUUGGUCCUUGACCUUUCUUACAAUCAUUUUGAAGUUAACUCUUCAAUACCUCAGUGGUUGUAUAAUAUCAGUAACCUUGUUGAACUUGAUCUUAGUUAUUGUGGUAUGAAAGGUCCACUUUUCCACAUUGCAUGGGGAGAUCUCUGUAAUUUUCAGAAGUUAGCUCUAUCCGGUAAUGAGAUUGGCGGUGAGAUAAGCGAAGUGGUAGAGGGUUUGUCUGCCUGCAAUAACAGCAGCAUAGAAGAGUUACAUUUGGGGCUCAGUCAACUAGCUGGGCAGUUGCCAGAUUCACUGGGAGACCUCAAGAAUUUAAAAUCCCUUCAACUUUAUUAUAACUCACUCUCAGGGCCAAUUCCAGCAUCAAUUGAAAGAUUGUUGAAUUUGGAAGAAUUGGACCUUUCUUACAAUGUGAUGAAUGGGUCCAUCCCUGAAGGCCUUGGGAAGCUUACAAAAUUAGCUCUUUUAGAGCUUUGCGAGAAUCUUUGGGAGGGAGUCCUAUCUGAAUAUCAUUUCCAGGGCCUCACAAAACUUGAAGAUUUCUCCAUAUCAUCGUCGAACAAGACGUUUCUCUUCAAGGUGAGCAGUGAUUGGGUUCCUCCUUUUAGCCUGACAAACAUUAGAAUCAUGAAUUGCCCAUUGGGUCCAAGAUUUCCAGCAUGGCUUAGGACUCAGAAUCAACUUUCAAAUAUAGUCCUCACAGAUGCUGCCAUUUCGGACCCGAUUCCUUCUUGGAUUUGGAAAAUGUCUCCGCAGAUUCAAUGGUUGGAUCUUUCUAAUAACGAAAUUGGAGGAAUACUUCCCGGUUCACUCGAAUUCUUCCCACGAACAUGGGUAGAUUUAAGUUUGAACCGCUUGGAGGGCCAACUCCCACUGUGGUCUAAUGUUUCAUAUCUCAUCUUGGAAGAUAACUUCUUCUCAGGAUCAAUACCAGUGAACAUUGGUCAAGCAAUGGCAUCACUGCGAUACAUUUUUCUUUCAGGCAAUUUUCUUAGUGCCCAUAGAUCCGAUUCCAAUGUGUUUUGCAAAGAGAUGGAAAGGAAGGCACUUCUUAAAUUCAAAGAACGUCUNAAACUCAAAGCAAUAGAUUUAUCCCAGAACAAUCUAUCUGGUAACAUUCCCAACACAAUGUGCUCACUGCCCUUGCUUUCAUACUUGAAAUUGAGUGAAAAUAGUCUUUCUGAGGAACUCUCUAUUUCACUAAAAAAUUGCACGGCCCUGACCCUACUCGAUGUAGGAGAGAAUAAAAUCACUGGGAAUGUACCAAAGUGGAUUGGAGAAAGCCUUGUAUCACUAUCAGAAUUGCGUAUGAGGGCUAACAUGUUCACAGGAAGUAUUCCCGACCAACUGUGUCGGCUUUCACAUCUCCACGUCUUAGAUCUCGCACUUAAUAAUUUAUCAGGAACCAUUCCACCAUGCCUGGGCAAUUUGAGUGAUCUGAGUUCAUCACAAUCCUAUAGUCCACAACUUCGUCCCGCUCAUUCUACAUAUACACCUCAGCUAGACUUGGUUGUGAAGGGAAGACAAAUGAAAUAUACCUUCACGCUUGAGCUUGUGAAUGUCAUUGACUUAUCAAAUAAUAGCCUAUGGGGAGAGAUUCCGGAUGAGAUUACAAAUCUUUCAUCUCUAGGUACCUUGAAUUUGUCCCAGAACCAAUUGACAGGAAAGAUACCAGAGAAUAUUGGAGGUUUACAGAAAUUGGAAACUCUUGAUCUCUCGUGCAACCAUCUUUCUGGCUCAAUUCCCGCAAGCAUGUCUUCUAUAACCUCAUUAAGCCAUUUGAACUUGUCUCAUAAUGAUUUGUCCGGACCAAUUCCAUCAACCAACCAGUUCCUAACCUUCAAUGAUCCAUCCAUUUAUGCGGGUAACCCAGAACUCUGUGGAGAUCCUUUAUCAACCAAAUGUUUCACGCCUAAUGGAAGGAAAGGUGAAGACCAAGUUCAGGCCAAAGAUCAUCACCAUGAAGAUGAAGAUGAUGAAGACAAGUAUGAAACGUUGUGGUUCUGUGUUAGUAUGGGAUUGGGAUUUAUUGUGGGAUUUUGGGCUGUUUGUGGUAGUUUGGUGAUAAAGAAGACGUGGAGAAAUGCCUACUUCCAAUUUCUCGACAGUGUGAAAGAUUGGCUCUUUCAGGUCAUUGUGUCGAGUGUGGCUUGUGUACGAAAAAUGGUGGAGAGUGAGAAGAGUCCUCCUGCAUAGGUGAACAAAAGUAGAGUUCAGAAAAUAUUUUCUGGGGUAAUACGAGGUUGAGCACUGGAAGGGCCUUAAUAAGGGUAGUACUUUGGUUUUGGCUAGUAUAAUAAUGUACCAAGGAAUUGCAUUAUGU